UGCAAAGACAAGAACUGAAGUUAAAGGUGAUGAUGCUGUAGUUUGUUUCAGCCUGUUGACACCAAUAAAACGAUUUAAUGUGCCAAUUUACAGAAGAUCUCAGACAUCACCAUAAUGAAUGAGCUGAAAACAGGGAACUUUUGGAGACAGAGGUUUUUCAGCUGCUCAGUUUAACAUGAUGGCCCUGUACUUUUUAAAUGCAGAUUGGAUAAAAACACAGUGAUCACAGUUCACACCUGCAGUGAAGCCCCUCCCACAACAAUUCACCAAUAAAUACUGGGAAUAUUCCCAUCAUCCUACAAGAGAAGGACAAACUCCAGGAGUAGCAGCUGAAAUCUGUGUGACUGUUAAAGAUGGAGUUUAUUAAAGAGGAGAUUGAAGACAUGAGUGAUCCAGAACCAUCCAGAAUAAAACAUGAAGAUACUGAGGAACAAAUAGACCAGGUGAGAGUGAAAGAGCAAAGACAAGAACUGAAUGAAGUGGAGGAGGAACAUCGUAACUUUACAAUUCAAAGAAGAAAAGCCAAAAAGACGCACACCUGCACUCAGUGUGGAAAGAGUUUCUCACAGAAAGGACACCUUAACAGACACACGAGAAUUCACACUGGAGAGAAACCGUAUACAUGCACUCAGUGUGGAAAGAGUUUCUCACAUAAAGGAGACCUUUACAGACACAUGAGAAUUCACACUGGAGAGAAACCGUAUACAUGCACUCAGUGUGGAAAGAGUUUUUCUCAAGCAUCAACUCUCAGUGUUCAUCUGCGCAUUCACUCUGGAGAAAAGCCAUUUAACUGUGAUCAGUGUGGUAAAGAUUUUAUUUCAUCAUCAGAUCUAAAACAACACCUGAAAGUUCAUUCAGAUGAGAAGCCUUAUGUGUGUUCUCUCUGUGGAAAGAGUUUUUCACGUCUGGACAGUUUUAAACAGCACCAGAAAACACAUAAUGGAGUGAGAGAUUAUAUGUGCUUUGACUGUGGGAAGAGCUUUACUGCAUCUGUGAAUCUGAAACAGCACCAAAGAACUCAUACUGGAGAAAAACCUUACAAGUGCUCAUAUUGUGACAAGAGUUUCGUUCAUUCUGGAAACCUGAAAUCACACGAGCGAGUUCAUACUGGAGAGAAGCCGUACUACUGUACUCAGUGUGGGAAGAGUUUCACCCAAUCAAGUAAUCUAGUGACUCAUAUUAGAAAGCAUUGUUCUGUGUCACAGUGAGCAAAUGUUUUGUUAGAUUCACAUAAAGUAAAUGUGUAGUUAGUUAACUAAUAAACUAGUGUUGCUGUGAAUGC